CAAUGACUUUCUACCAUAUCGGAGGUGUCCAACACAAAAAAGGGGGUCUUCCAACGCUAUCCACUGGUUCGUGAACACCGGGAACGCGUCGGUCAAAUAUGACCGGCUCUGGGUCGCUCCUUCUUGGAGCUGUCUUUCUGCUCACCCUGGCGAUGCAGCAAACGGGAGCUGCAAACCCAGGUGUCUUCGACUUGCCGAAAAAAAUCCAAGAGUUCGUGGACCAUGAGUCUAGGAGAUUCAACGUGCCGGUCAACUGGUGGAACAUGUACGGCAACCACAGUCAUCUGAUCGAGUUUGCCGAAAAGUACAGAGACUCUACUCAAUAUCUUGGGUCCCAUCAGCGUUUGGGUCGUCUACUCGGACUUCGAGAUCGCGGCUGUAACCGUCAUCAAACACCUUUUACCUAACGCGAGGAUCCAAGGAUGUUUGUUUUUUCAUCUAAGUCAGUCCGUUUACCGGAAGGUCUGUGCAUCCGGUCUGCAAAGUAGAUACAACACGGACGAGGACUUCGCGGUACAGGUUAGUAUUCUAUGUAUUUACGGGGAAAUAAUCUAUCAUUCACUGUUGUCUAAUCCAUACCGCAUUGCACUUCCACCACCUCAAUGUUUUACAGAUAAGAAUGUCCACAGCACCUGCCUUUCUUCCGGUUGGCGAGAUACCUGAAGCCUUUCAGGAUCUGCUGGAGGUCAUCACCAUGGAGGCUAUCCGUGUGGCUAACUAUUUCGAGGACACGUAUGUAGGCAGGCCAAGGAGGAUAGAAGGGUAGGACAGGGCAUGACGUAGGCCGCGUAGCCUCCACAAGCCAUGCUCCCUUGACGCCUCGCCUCUUUCUCAUUUUCCUCCUUACUCUCCUCACUUACCAUGCCAACGUGACCACAUCACGUGACCGUAGCUAGCCUUCGUCUUGAUGGGGUACUAGAAUACACCACAGUCAAGCCUUCGAUCGGAUAAAACCUACCGGACGGAGCGCGCGCAAGCCUGCAAGGAGUCCUUCUACAAUGAACCAUCUAUCUCACACGUGACAUGGCACGGGCACCAAUUGCCAGAGAGAUCUGCGGUCACGCUGGGCACAAAAUCCUUUAAACUUUUUAUGAAUAGGCUUCACCAAUAAUGCAACGUGCUCCCUCCUAGUACUCCUGACCUCCUUGAGGCAGGCCCCGUCGAAAUGGCCUGUGUUCCGCGCUCUUUUCACCGGAAGUAAUAGCCAAUAUGCAUCGAAACAACAGCAGUGUCGAGGCGUGGCACAGGGGACUGCUGGUUAAGCUUUUCUGUUUAAAUCUCGACCGAGGCUGUGUUUAGAAGGUUAUUGAGUUAUAACGCCCUUUACAUAUCACGUUCGACUGGGCUUUCUUUUUCAGAGGAACGUGAAGUGCACAACACGAAACUUGUUUUUUUUUUUUUUUUUUUUCUGGACUGCAUUAAGAAAGAGCAGUCUUUCAGUGAGAUGAAGAUCGCACAGUCUGAAGGCGGCACGACGUUAACAAGGAACUCCAAGAAGCACGCCAUUUGCAACAGGCAGAUCCAGUUCAUCGUUGGACAGCACGACAGCACCCGAUGCCUCAACAUUCUCAGGGCAUUGGCCAGGAGCAUUACUUUCUAAAAUCUUGUAAUGAUCAGAGCAAUAAAGUUGCAAUUUCAAG